AUGGGGCCCGUUCUUUUCGGGCGAAGGAGAUUUGAUCUCGUCGAUAUUAACGGUCGUGAUGUCGUGUAUGCUCGACCGCUUCUUGUCCUUGCCACCCGAGAGCUGUCGAAUGAAGUACUUUUGGGCGUGGCUCGCGACUUGUGUCGGGAAAAACAAUUCCAACCUAUGUUCUUCUUCAGUCCAAGGCACCCCCUUCUUGCGCUCGUGAUCGGCACACCGGCCCGACGGGCCCUUCUUCCAGCCCGGCCCGUAAAAGCCCUUCAAGCCCACAUACCCAUGGCCACUCAUCCACUCCAGGGCAAGAGAAUUAUUACCAGAAUACCCCGGAAUCGGGAUCAGCCCAGCCUCGAUAUCGCCGACAUCAUCGACUAG